CCCAGAAGAAGCAGAAGAAAAAGAUUUCAUCCAGCUCUCUCAGAGACUGAACCAACCAUGCUUCUCCCUGCCAUUCACUUCUAUGGUUUUCUUCUAGCUUGCCUCUUCACGAAAAGCUACUUGGCUUUCAAGAAUGAUGCCACAGAAAUACUUUAUUCACACGUUGUUAAACCUGCUGCAGCGAGCCCAAGCAGCAAUAGCACGUUGAAUCAAGCCAGGAACGGAGGCAGGCACUACACCAAUACUGGAUCCGACCGUAACAAUCGUGUUCAAGUUGGCUGUCGGGAACUGAGAUCCACCAAGUACAUUUCAGAUGGCCAGUGCACCAGCAUCAAUCCACUGAAGGAGCUGGUGUGUGCUGGUGAAUGUCUCCCUUUGCCACUGCUCCCCAACUGGAUUGGAGGAGGCUACGGAACCAAGUACUGGAGCAGGCGGAGCUCGCAAGAGUGGAGAUGUGUCAAUGACAAAACUCGCACCCAGAGGAUCCAGCUUCAGUGCCAGGAUGGAAGUAUAAGAACCUACAAAAUAACUGUGGUCACUGCCUGCAAGUGCAAGCGAUACACCAGGCAGCACAAUGAGUCCAGCCACAACUUUGAGGGAACCUCUCAAGCAAAACCCAUCCAGCAUCACAAAGAGAGGAAAAGAGCCAGUAAAUCCAGCAAACACAGUACAAGUUAGAAGUCAGACAUUCUCUCCUCUCUCAUCUCCCUAUUCUCCUGCCAAAAUUGAACUCACCUGUAACCAUUUGCUUUACCCUUCUGACUGCUUAAAGACAAGUCUGCCAUUGCUGUGUUCUCAGUUGACACUACAUGCUUGUUGCUUUGACCAAAAUCAAAAGGGGCAUUCUCAGCAUAUGGACCUGUUAGGUGAUUUUCCAAAUGCUCAAGAUGGGGAAUAACACAAGCCUUCCAAACCCACACUAUAAACUUUUACAUUUUCUCCAGCCAUGGAGGCAAAGAAAAUUUGCCAUGAAUAUUCACUGAAGUCUAUUUUGUAAAAAGAUGCUUUGUUGUGUGUUUUCAUGAGAACAGUUAUCACAUCUAUUGCCUUCUAUAUCAUGUUUUAUGAACUUCUGACAACAGCUUAAAAAUAUGACACCUAGUAUCUGCUUUCAGAUUCAUUCUAAAAAAAAUGCCUUGCAUGCUGACCUUUCUCUUAUCUCAGUAUACCAAAAAUUAAAAUAUGCAUGGCAGCAAUCAAAAAGUAAAGCUGAACAAACUAUUUAUUUGUUGUUGUAAUUAUUUAAUGAGCUUUUAUGUGUGUUAUUUCCCUCAAAAAUGUUCUUAUGUUUAUAGCUUUUCUCAUGUAUCGAAGUAUUUUCCUAUGAUUUGUGGCUGGAUUAGAACAUACAUUUUGUAGAUAAUGUAAAAUAGAUAUUUUAGCAUUCUUGGUAUAUAUAUUUUCAUUUUGAAAAUUCAUAGACUUAGGUGUUAUUUUGAAGUAGCAACAUAAAAAUUUUUUUCUUUCAUUCUCCACUGUAUUAUUUUUGUUUAAAAGCGUGCAAUCAAAAGACAGAUAUGAUGAUUUCCUUUCAAAUUCAUUGGUUUUUUUGGUUUUUUACAAAAAUAAAUACUGCUAAAAAA